CGGUGCAGAGGGAGUGCUACGUGUUGCUGAGCAGCAACAGAUAGAAAGCAAAGAGAGAGAGGAAUUCCCUCACAAACAAAAGCAGCUGCAAGGGCGUGUAUCAGUUCCUACGGUGCCCUGAAUUCCCUGUAAUAAAUCAACCUGCAGCAGAAGGGAGUGUAAAAUACGGUGGAUGUAUGAUGUAAGGACAACAGCUACAACAAGCCUGAAGGAUACCGCCAGUUUAUUUCUGUCUGGAGGCAUCAUCACAUUUGACAACGCGCCGAAUUGGCUUGUCUUCUGCCGUGAGAAUCAGCCUGACAGGGACGCGCCUGUCUGUAGUCCAGGGGACAGUCUCUGCCUUUAGGGCUACAAAUUGCCCACAAACUGUAAUAUGUCAUCACUGGAGUUGAAAUGCAGUCUUCCUGUGUAGGACUCGGUGAAGUGGCAUUGCUUUAAAACAUGACAGGUCAGAUCCUGGGGGGGCUGGAUGGCGACGCUCACAUGGAUGACAACGCCGCCAUCCGCAUCAACGUGGGCGGCUUCAAGAAACGUCUCCAGUCGGACACUCUCUCUCGGUUCCCCGAGACGAGGCUCGCGCGUCUACUCCAGUGUCAGUCCAAAGAGUCCAUACUAGAGCUGUGCGACGACUACGACGAUACAGAGAAAGAGUUUUAUUUCGACAGAAAUCCGACUCUCUUCCCCUAUGUGUUGAAUUUCUACAACACGGGGCGGCUGCACGUUAUGGGAGAGCUGUGCAUCUUCUCCUUCAGCCAGGAGAUCGAAUACUGGGGCAUCAACGAGUUCUUCAUUGACUCCUGCUGUAGCAGCGCCUACCACUGUAAGAAAAUGGACCAGGGCCGGGAGGUCUGGGAUGACCGGAGCGAUGAAGGGAGUACCACUUCAUCUUUUGACGAACUGUUGGAAUUUUAUAACGACGCCACCAAGUUCGACAAACAGCUGCUCGGGAGCGCAAGGAGGCGCGUCUGGUUAAUGCUGGAUAACCCCGGCUUUUCAGUGGCCAGCCGCAUCAUCAGCGUCCUUUCUAUUUUGGUGGUGCUCGGCUCCAUUGCCACUAUGUGCAUGAACAGCAUGAGCGAGUUUAGCUUGAUGGACAGUGAGGGGCAACCCACAGAGGACCCUCGGUUUGAGACUGUGGAGCACUUUGGCAUCGGCUGGUUCACCCUGGAGCUAGUCGCUAGAUUUCUAGUUGCACCAGACCUUCUGCGUUUCUUUGAGCACCCGUUAAACGUGAUAGACCUGGUGUCCAUACUUCCCUUUUACCUGACACUCCUUAUAAAUCUGGUGAUAGAAAGCAGCCCGGCGCUGGCGAACCUGGGACGUGUGGCGCAGGUACUGAGACUGAUGAGGAUUUUCCGCAUCCUGAAGCUGGCUCGUCACUCUACAGGGCUGCGUUCCCUGGGGGCCACCCUCAGGAACAGCUACAAAGAAGUGGGUCUGCUGCUUCUCUACCUGGCCGUCGGGGUGUCGUUUUUCUCGGUUAUAGCCUACACGGUGGAGAAAGAGGACAGCGAGGACCUCUCCACCAUCCCGGCGUGCUGGUGGUGGGCCACAGUCAGCAUGACCACGGUUGGAUACGGAGACGUGGUUCCCGUGUCCAUAGCGGGCAGGCUGACCGCUUCAGCGUGUAUCCUGGCAGGGAUUUUAGUAGUCGUGCUUCCGAUUACGCUCAUUUUCAAUAAAUUCUCCCUGUUCUACAAGAGACAAAAACAGCUGGAGAUCGCAAUGAGAAGCUGUGAUUUCGACGAGGGGAUAAAAGAGGUGCCUUCUGUCAACCUGAGGAACUAUUACGCACACAAAGUCAAAUCCCUCAUGGCGAGCUUAUCAAACAUGAGUCGGAGUUCACCCAGUGAACACAGUCUGAGUGAAUCAAUACAGUGAGACAGUUUUCUGGAGGUCACACGGUCCAGCUGGGUGACACUAUGUGUGGCUGCAUGAAGAGCUGUCCAGGGUGCUGAAACCCUUGAACCAAAAGCUCACUACUUUGUCUCACUGUUUUCCGUCUCAGUAGCUCAGUGCAAUAGUGUGUUAAUCUAUAUGUCAGUCACAAUGAGAAAGCAAGCUAAUGUACAGUACAGUCUGAAUAUAAAAUUUCACCAUGCGUGACUAAGGCCCUUUAUCAAAUAGGCCAAAUAAUAUUUGACCACAUCAGAUUAAAAAGACAGAAUGUCCAUGUUGUUUACAGUCCUAGAUGGUGUCACACUGUUUUCCACCCUCCUGCUAUACCUGUUGUGCUCAAAUAUGUCUCAAAGUAGCUCCAGACAUAUU